AGUACAAAGCAAUCCGAUUUCAGCCAUCUUCUUAAAAGGGCAACGGUUCUGUAGAGGGGGUGUCGUAUUGCGCAGUGUAUUUUCAGCGCCAUCGACACUACAUUUCUCGCCCACUGAAAACUCCGAGUAUUUUUUUUUUUACCGACUCCCAAGUUCAUUGAGUUUGUUGUAAAAUACUAGUAUGAGCAGUUCUACAAUGUCAGGACGGAAAAGGAAGCUGGACUCAGUGUCGGUGGAGGCUACAACGGUGAAAAGCAGCCAUACACAGGACUCCCCGCCAGCUAAGACUGCGGCUCUGAUCAGCAGAUACUUCACAGGAGAGGAGAAAAGUGGCUCUCGGCUGGGGGAGGAUUUCUUUAACCAGCCCUGUAUCAGUCUGGCCAAAGCAUUUCUGGGAAAGGUGCUAGUGCGGAGACUCCCAGAUGGGACGGAGCUGAGGGGCAGGGUGGUGGAGGCGGAGGCCUAUCUGGGCGGGGAGGACAAGGCGUCCCAUUCCUCUGGAGGGAAGCGUACAGAGAGGAACACGGCCAUGUUCAUGAAGCCCGGGACCAUAUACGUCUACCAGAUCUACGGCAUCUACCUGUGCAUGAACAUUUCCAGCCAGGGAGAGGGGGCAGCUGUUCUCUUGAGAUCCCUGGAGCCUCUUCAGGGUCUGGAAGCAAUGAGGGAGCUACGGAGUGCCAGGAGGAAGGAGAAUGCGCGCCUGCUGAAGGAUAAGGAGCUCUGCAACGGGCCGUCCAAGCUGUGCCAGGCUCUGGAUAUCCAGCGGGGGUUUGACCGACGGGACCUGGCCACGGACCAUGAGGUCUGGCUGGAGCAGGGUCCAGAGAGCCCGACCCCUGAGACUGUGGUGUCUGCCCCUCGCAUCGGCAUCAACUAUGCCGGGGAGUGGGUCUCCAAACCACUGCGCUUUUACAUCCAAGGGAACAGCUGCGUCAGCGUAGUGGACAAGGCAGCUGAGAGGGCAAGCAGCACGUGACUCAGGGAGUUUAUUUAUUUUUAUUUUUUUACUUUUAACUGUAAUUAGUGCUUAAAGAACAAUGCACUGCGACAGAUUAACUGAAUAUUUUAUUCAAAUAAGGCACCACUGGGAUCAAUAUUUCCCUGGACAAACAGUGAAAGAUAAUACAAUGCUGCUACAGCCAUUUAUUGUAAGGAGCUCUUUCUGCUAUCCAGCCAGUAACCACACACAACCAACUGCGACGAGAUUAAAACCAGUGCUGGCCAUUGACAUUGUGCAGACUUUAGUUCUUCCAGCGAGAGAAUUGUUACAAUCAAGUGUGCCAAGUUUAGAUAUGCAGUAUCUGUUUGCCUUAUCCUGUGUUCAAUGCCUCGGCCAGUGUUUCUCCAUACUUCCCCCAGUCUCUUGGCUACCCCCCAGGUGUUCAAAACAUUCCUAUUAGCUGACAACAGUAGGUGUUCAUGAGUUCACAUUUUUAAAAUUAUUUUAGCAGACGCCUUUAUCCAAGGCGACUUACAGAGACUAGGGUGUGUGAACUAUGCAUCAGCUGCAGAGUCACUUACAACUACAUCUCACCCGAAAGACAGAGCACAAGGAGGUUAAGUGACUUGCUCAGGGUCACACAAUGAGUCAGUGGCUAAGGUGGGAUUUGAACCAGGGACCUCCUGGUUACAAGCCCUUUUCUUUAACCACUGGACCACACAGCCUCCACAUGUGUUUGUGCCAUUGUUGGUGUCAUAAUCUGCAGCCAUGGUAAGCACGGGAUAGUAAAAUGUUAUGGUUUAAUCAUUA